AUGUUUUGUCUUCCUCCAGUACCAAGGUAUGAUGUUUUUGGUCACUCGUGUAAAGAAAUCAAAGAUCUCGGUAAGUCUCAUGGAGAUGGAGAAUACUGGAUUGAUCCUAAUAGAACUGGACAACCCUUCACUGUMUACUGUGACAUGACUACUGAUUCAGGAGGCUGGACACUAAUUAAGAGAUCAAUUCUAAAGUCCAUCAAGAAUAUAAACCAACAAAGAAAGAUUAACAAGGAUARUUACAGUGCAAUCUCAAACUACCAUGAUAUUGGACAAARUGUUCGCACUACGGCGAUACAAAAGCUAAGAGAAGACAUGGGUUUCCAUCAGAUUCGAUUUCGAUGUCGCAAAAAGAGAGUCAAUCGUACCAUUCACAUCAUGACAACCAACAACACCGCUGGACACAAAGUACUGGAUCACUUUCUCGUCAAACCGUCAUGGCCGACAGCAUGCAACUCGUUUAAAAGACUACCAGAUGACACCUCGAUUCUUGCACAGAAUUGCGAAAAAUGGGGUUGUAAUGACGGAGAGAUAGAGGUUAAUCAAUGGGGGAAUUCAACAAAUCGURGAAGAAGUAGAAUCUAUAAUAAUGUAAUUGUUUGGAAAAAUAAGCAUUAUUUGGGAUUUUCUGUUCGAGGGCCUUAUUAUUGCGAUGACUCAAAUGGAAAUACUGUAAGUGUUGGCGAUAUUUGGGAACUUUACGUCCGUUAAUUUUGUAGUUCAUAGAUGCAGUUUAAACUGCACCCAUAUAUAGGCGAAUAAUUUGUUUCUACAUUUCAGUUCAUUACUUAGUAUAUCAUAAUUAGCAUAAGGAUAUGCGCUUUUAACUUUACUAUCAAUAAAUAUUAAGCACUGAAUAUUGAAACAACAUAAACUUUCCUCGCAAUUUUGAGCUUCCCAUAGUAAAUACGUUUUGCGUCAAACGGUUUUAAAAACUCCAAUUUUAAGAGAGAUAAUAACAAGCGCUUUUGCCACUCAGUWUCUUUGAACUCUAAAGGCAUAAGCUAUUGCAUGUAAAGACCUCAAACUCUCGAAGUGAGAGUUCUUAAUAAGCCUUUUAAGUUAAGAACUUAUUUUACAUCGUUUAAAGUUAAAACUUUGCUAAUUAGCAAAAUUUUGUAAACAAAGAUCCGCCUAUAGAGAUUAAGUUAUACAAUAAAUCAAAUUUAUCAGGCA